AUGGAUGACGAUAAUUUGAAUUCCGAUUACAUUUAUCAGGAUGAUAAUUAUAAUUACAAUGUUAACACUUAUAAUUUAACAACAACUCUAAAUCCACUUACUGCUCUGGAUCCCUCAUUCAUAUUAAGUGCCACUGAAAAUGACAACAUGACAUCUGGAAUGAAUCCACAUAAAAUGGAACAUUUUCGAAUGUCUGAGUUAAUUAAACUAGAUAAUUAUUCAUUUUAUUUUAAUUUCUUACAUGAGUUUAUUAAGUUCAUUCAACCUUAUGAUAUACCACCUGACUUACUAAAAGACAUACUGGAAAAUCGAAUAACCACAUCAAAACUAAUAACUGAGUCACUGCAUAUGGAGGUCGGUUUACUCAUCCUCGUAGGCGUUUGUUCUAUUUUGGCUUGUGUCAUUCCUGGCACAGAACUCUGGCUCGCUUGUCGUCCAAUCAGAGAAGAUUAUAAGCCCUCACAAUAUCCCGGAUUUCUAACUUUUGUACUCUAUAUAUUUGCCUUUAUACUUGGAUUAGGUAUUACUUCAUUGAUAUUAUUCAACGAAUCGAUCAACAUGGGAGUCGAAAAACUUCCCUUAGCAAUAGACAUGGCCAUCGAUGACUUGAAUGACUAUCAUUCUGGUACGACUGUUCAGUUACGGAAGUGUCUCACCCGUAGUCUAGAUGUCACUAGUGAAGCCAUAAUGGCUGACUUAGACAACAUUGAUGAACUAUUAGGAAAGCCAGUUCAACUAGAACUAUCUUAUGAAACAGGAUUAGAAGACAAGCUUGUACAAUUGCUUGAAGUAGCUAACGCCAGCCAAGAAAUAGGAAUAAAUGCAAAUAGUUUAAUUGAAAAUGCUGAAAAAGCACGUGAGCUCUCUGUUGAUUUGAGUCACGAGUUAAACAGUAUUAAACGUGAUUUAGAAAAAAUAAUAAGUAGUUGCACAUCACCACAAGAUCGAUUAUUGUGCUCGACAGUCAAUACCAAUGGCCUUAUUAUAAACUUUCAAAUAAAUAAGAUUCUGAGAGACGAGCGGCUGCUGAGAUUGCGCAGCAUCAAUCGAGAUAAUUUGACCGAAGACGCGAGACGAGCACGUGGAGAAUAUUUGUAUGUUCCUCAUCAUGUAUCGAGGAGUACUUUGGACAUACGGAAUCAAAUAAGAAGAGAAUUAGGUAUCGCACGGGGCCGCCUUUUCGACGAAACCCGUAAUUUAGAGUCAAGUAAUUCUCAUUUUAGCAGAAAAAUCGAAUCAAUCAAAAAAUAUAUACAUCAUAAUAUUAUACAUUAUAUACUAGAUUUUGAAGAAACACGUUGGCUGAUUGGAAUCGCCACGAUAAUUUUAGUAUUUUUUGUAUGGAUUUUAUUAAUAAGCGCGUUAAUAUGUCAUUGUACAUCAAGUGACAAAAAAAAACUUAAUAUCGUAGAAAAUACUAAGAACAAAAGUUCAUUUUUCAGUGGCUCGUUUUUCAACUGCAUUAUUUCGAUUAUUUUGUGGGUGAUAGUAGUAACGAUGAUAUUUAUAUCAACACACACUGAGUUAUUUUUAUGCAGAGGUCUGGAAGGUGAAAAAAACUACAAAACACUUGAGACAAUAAUUGAAUCGAAAAAUUUAUUGGGAAAACCGUUGGAAAUUUCGCUCAAAGAUUUUAUAGAAAAGUGUCAAGAGAAUGAAGCAGUCUAUCCAACAUAUCCACUGGACAAACAAAAAAACCUUGAAGAAAUAACCGACUACUGGAAAUGGUCAGAACUUACCAACGCGCUGUCAAUGCUAAAAGUCGAUUUAAAGGGUUUCAAAAUACUGACCACCAGUUUUGAAGGAAAAUUGGACAAUCUCCUAUUCGCAUGUGACGCCAAUUUAACAAAUUAUCGUGCCAUAGUACGAGGUUUAGUAAUAAACCGCGACAUAAUAGCGCUGUCAGACCAAAUAUUCAAUAUCGCGCGUCAAAUCAACGAUCGGCGGACAGCACGUGAAUUGGAAACAGUUGGGACAUCAUUGCGGUCGCUGAUGAUUAAGAAAGUAAAGCCUCUGACUCUGAUGCAGGAUACCCUCGUUGAUCAGCUGAUCACGCUGGACAUCCAAUUGCGGCCGUACCACCAUAAUUUGAAUGAAACAUUCCAUCAAUUGAAAAGCGCCCAGUACUACAUUGACGUCCAGGGGGAAUUUUUUGCCCAAUUGAAAACUAAACAAUACAUCGACCGGUUGAAUGAUUAUCUUGACCAAUGGCGGAAGCACGUCCUGACAGAAAUGAGAUUCGGCGUCGCCAAGUGUCGGCCUGUUUGGAAUAUAGUUAAUGGGUUCAAACUACUAAUUUGUCAGCAUAUUCUAGGACCACUUGAUGGAUUUUGGUUUGUUAUUUUUCUAUGCAUCGUGACGAUGAUGAUUACGACACCAAUUGAACAUAUAUUGGCGUGUGUUUAUAAGAAGUUUAGCAAAAUACUUACUUUCACGCCGACACGACGCCCGCCACCACUUCCACCUCGACGUGACGACUGGUAA